AUGUGUGUUUCCACGCAAUACUCUUCCCUGAUAAAAGAGCUACGGCAGUUGAAGAAAACGGAGACUGUGCUCAAAAUGAUGAUCGAUAAAAUCAACCAUGAACUGAACCAACUGGUGGUUGAGGAACUUCAAAUUAAAUCUCGCGAUGUUCAACUUAGCGUUGAAAUAGCAUCAGCUAAAACCACGAAUCCGGUUCCCCUGAUGGAUGAAGCCACGUGCAGCACAAAAGAAAUCAAUCAACAAACACUAAAUUUGGAAGUGCAGGACGAACGAAUAUUUAAAUCAUUGGAAGAAUCAGAGGAGGAGCUGUAG